GUCGUUUUCGUUUAUUAUGGAAGAAUGUUUUUAAAAUAUUCUGCAUCAGCUGUUCGAAAAUGGGGUUUAUGAGUUAGGUUUCUUUUAAAUGUUUAUUGUGAUCAUGUAUGGACCAUGGGGACGAUUGCAUCAGUACUGCAAUGGCAUUGUAAGUCAUGCAGUCUGAUAAAUCCGACCGAAAAAAUAGAGUGCAUUCGUUGCGGAUCACAGCGGCAAAACAAUAUAAACAAAGAAGAUGACAUAACGGAUUCCUUUUGCGAGAGAUUUGGCGGAAGCACUAACUGUACAGUAAUUCGAAGGCCUAAAUCUAUUCUUAAAUACCGAAAGAAUUUUUUCAAAAGCCAAAUAGAAACACGCGACUGCUCCACAUUAGUUAGACACUCUAUUUACAAUUCAUUGUUAGUACAUCAGGCAACCUUACACGAUCCACCUGCCGAAAAAUUAAAUCUCAAGCGCUACCACAGUGUUCCCCUGUUGGUCUAUACGUACACAUGCAGAAAUUGCAAAAUCACGACGACUUGUUCCUCACUGAUUUGCAUAGCAUGCGGUGCUGAAGAGAGUAAGAUGAACGUUGCGCACUCGCCAUGUAAAAACUGUUUGAGCUCGAAAAAUUAUUUGACCCCCGUCGAACAUCCUCAGACGCUUAGAAAUGGGAAUCCCUAUCGAAAUUUGGAGACGACGUACGAGAACGUUCGACUGUGCAGCUGUCAGCAGAACAGAACCAAUUUCGUUUCGUUAUCGAAUAUAAAAAGUUUCAGCUGCGCGACCGCGCAACACACAAACUGUGAUUCUAUUAUGGACGGCAAUAACGCCUGCAACGUGAGAACUACAUCGAGCGGUAUUUGUUAUAGUAGUGAAAAUGAGAGCGUGCUGCCGCGCAAGGGUAAAAAUUAUUUGUGGAGCCGUAAAAGUUUACCGCCGGGCUUAACUUGGACGUGCAAAAUGUGUACGCUAUUAAACAAUGCGGGCAGUGUUUUGUGUGAAGCUUGUGAAUCUCCUUUUCAGCAAGAUCUCAAUAGCAAUAUUAGUCCUAGUGUCCUUAUCAAGGUUGACAACUGGGCGGAUAAUGAAGCUCUUCGUCAACCAAACCCAAUCAUAACUCCCCAUAGACCAACUUAUAGACGUUCAUUUUCUGAUUUCCACAAACAGAACACAGGUAUAUUGAAUAUAAAUAGACACAGUUUAGGAAGCGACGUUCUCGAAACUGCGACAUUUCCCAAAGCCAGUACCUCCAUGACCGACAUACAGUCUUCACAAACGGUGGACAUACCACAUAAUCGUAACACUUUGGCAAGUAAAAGUACCGGAGAUAUAGCUUCUAAUGACUUAACGAAUUGUAAAACCAUCUAUACGUACAUAGGAAUAGCGGAGCCGGAAUCCACAAUUAAAAAACAACAUAUUUACGAGAACCAGACUGUUAUUAACGCGCAGAGUAAGCCCAAAUAUUUGUUUGAUGCGCAGAAACCGGAUGAUGUAUUGCAAGAGGUGAAGGAAUCCACGCUUACCCUAAAUGUGAAGGAAAGGCGUUGGACUUGUCGACAGUGUUCGUACGCUUAUAACGCCCUCUACGCUAACAAUUGUGAAAUUUGUAGUAGCCCUCGUUCGCAACCGUGUACCAUUACUGUUACUGAUGAUACAAGUAGUUCAUCCGAUUCAAUGCCGUUAUUUCAUAAAUGGGAAGACGCCGCCGGUAUGCAGGUUCCCAUUGCAACAUUAGAUCAAGAAUUAGAAGACAAUAACUCACCACUUUCAGGUGGCGAAGAGCAAACGUGGACAUGUAAAAAAUGCACUUUGGUAAAUAGCGGAUUUUCUUUAACGUGCGAAGCCUGCUGCGGAUCCAAAUUGCGUUCAUUAACCGUAACAAACGACAUGACGUUACGAAGAGGGGAGUUUUGGUCGUGCCCUAAGUGUACACUUAAAAAUGCGCUGAGUUCAUCUGCCUGUACUGCUUGCAAAACUACAAAACAUACUUUAGAUCGGCCGGCAACAUCACGGAGUCCUUCCCCGAGACACGGCACGAAAAGGCAAAGCAAUGCGGUCUAUGCGAAAAUAAAUUACGAACAAAAACCCUCUCACAAGAAGAAAGAGUUACCGCCUAAUUUAAAUACCAGUACGAUAGAACACAGUAUUACAAACUCGCACGAAGAUUCUACUAACCAUUUCAAAUCCUGGCAAUGCUUAAUUUGCACAUUUGAAAAUGUAAAAUCCCACAUAAUCUGUGAUAUGUGUUUGAAUAUGCGUGGAAGUAUAUCGGAAACGCCGCCAGAACAGCCGCUACGACUCACUCAAGAGGAAUUGGCGAAUAAGCAUUGGCAUUACAUUGUCCGUUACUGCAAGCUUAAGAAACAAAUUUAUGUUGAUGAAACAUUCCCGCCUGCGCCGACUAGCUUGUAUUAUUGCCCGCAAGACAAUACAGAUACUCAUUUAAUUAAAUGGAAACGAUUACGCGAUAUUGUCGUUGACGACUGUGAUAAAAACCUACCUUGGGCGGUCUUUAGGAAACCCCUACCCUCGGAUAUCUCUCAAGGUGUCCUGGGCAACUGCUGGUUGCUGAGCGCACUCGCCGUUCUGGCCGAAAGGGAGGAGCUGAUCCGAGCGGUCCUAAUUACCCGCCAAUUAUGUCCUCAAGGUGUCUAUCAAGUUAGGCUGUGCAAAGAUGGUCAUUGGACGACGGUGUUAAUUGACGAUUUCUUUCCGUGCGAUAAAAGAGGCCACUUGUUUUAUUCCCAAGCUAAAAGAAAACAAUUAUGGGUUCCGUUAAUCGAAAAGGCGGUCGCCAAGAUUCACGGUUGUUUUGAAGCUUUGGUUUCAGGUAGGGCAAUCGAAGGUUUGGCCACUUUAACCGGAGCGCCGUGUGAAAGUAUUCCAUUGCAACCUUCUUCUAUUCCUGCACCUGCUGAAGAUGAACUGGAUACUGAUCUCAUUUGGGCACAGUUACUGUCCUCUCGUCAAGCUCUUUUUUUAAUGGGCGCCUCGUGUGGAGGAGGAAACAUGAAAAUAGACGAAGAUGAAUACCAGCGGAGAGGAUUACGUCCUCGACACGCCUAUUCCUUGCUCGAUGUAAGAAACGUUGGCGAACACAGGCUACUACAGUUACGAAAUCCAUGGGGUCACUAUGUGUGGACUGGUGAUUGGUCGGAUGAUUCAGACAAGUGGACUCCCACCCUUAGGUCCGAAUUGAUUCCCGAUGCAGCGAAAGAUGGAACAUUUUGGAUUUCGUUUGGUGACGUUUUAAAGUAUUUCGAUUGCAUUGAUAUUUGUAAGGCCAGGUGUGGAUGGAACGAAAUUAGACUGUCUGGGAUACUGCCUCCGUUAGCCUCUCAACAACAUCUUUCGUGCAUUCUGUUAUCGAUUCUUGAGCCUACUGAGGUCGACUUUACACUGUUUCAGGAAGGACAACGGAAAUCUGAGAAAUCGCAACGUUCGCAAUUAGAUUUGUGUGUUGUACUUUUUAAAGCACGCAGUAACCCUCCAAAUAUUGGUGCUUUAGUAGAGCACAGUAAACGACAAGUUCGCGGUUUUGUGGGCUGUAAUAAAAUGCUGGAAGCAGCCGAGUACAUCUUAGUUCCGCUCGCCUUCAAUCAUUGGCACACUGGACUUGAAGACGCUGAUGCUGCAUAUCCUCGAUAUGUGCUCGCAAUACACAGUUCGAAGAAGCUAUUGGCAAACCAAGUUAGCCCCCCUUCGCACAUUUUGGCCGACGCAAUUAUAUCGCUGACAUUGGCGAGAGGUCAACGCCACGAAGGAAGAGAAGGAAUGACCGCAUAUUAUCUAACGAAGGGAUGGGCAGGUCUGGUGGUAAUGGUUGAAAAUCGACACGAGAACAAGUGGAUUCACGUGAAAUGUGACUGUCAGGAGAGUUAUAACGUCGUCUCUACUCGCGGUAAUUUAAAAACUGUUGAUUCGGUACCACCUUUGCAUAGGCAAGUGAUAAUAGUUCUUACGCAAUUAGAGGGUAGCGGAGGGUUUUCUAUAGCGCAUCGUCUCACACACAGACUCGCAAAUUCGCCCGGUCUAUACGACUGGGGCGAUCCAGGUAUGUCGCACGAUCCGGAAUUAGAUUAUCAAACUGACGGAUUGCAUAGUCCGCGUUUAAUGACGUGAAAUUAGUAUAAUUUUUUAGUUGGUUUUUCAGGCGCGAAUAGAUUAAGUUGUUUUUCAUGAGCGUUGGCCAAAAAUUUACAUUCCUUGUUACAUUUCUUCUAUUGUUGUUUUUGAAUUGUAUGAUAUUUAAGAAGCAUUUAAGAGAGAGAGAAAGAGAGAGCUUUAGUAGAUCUGCUUUCGGUACAGUCGUUUCAGUUUAAUGCGCAUUGUUAGUAUUACGUUACAUCCGUUUAGAUUUGUUUCAGACACCUCUCAUAAUAAACCGAAUCUUAUAAUCACCAAAUUUUGUUCUCUAUGUACACACAUUCGAAAUAUUUCUAUAAUAUAGCAAUUACAAUGUUUGUUUUUCAGAAGUGUAUUUACAGAAAUUAAAUUGAAGUACAUUUA